AGCGAAAUUGAAAGAUUGAGCGACAAGCAACGUCAAUCGAGGGUCGCGACUCUGGUAAAGAUUACACAAAGCGAUUAAAAAGCAUAAACAACAGGCAAUUCAACUGGCUGUGUGGCGUCAGUUGGAAACAAGAUGCCUCAGUGGCUUGUCAUUGGCAUCUCCGGUGUCACCUGUGGCGGCAAGACGACGCUGGCCCAUGGACUACGCGAUUAUUUCAAGGGACUGCGCAAUGCCCCACUGUGGAACACACCGUAUACGAUUGGUGAUGUGCAACUCAUCUCGCAGGACGAUUACUUUCUGCCAGUCGACGAUAGACGUCACAAGCGUGUCGAAAAGCUGAAUGCUAUCAAUUUCGAGCUGAUCAGCUCGCUGGACAUGAAACAAAUGCUCGCUGAUAUUGCGCGCAUUAUUAACGGACCCACGGAACAUAUUGCAACUUAUGCUAAUUUUGAACAUUAUGCAUUGCAAUAUCAACAACAACAGCAGCAGCAGCAACAACAACAACAGCUAUAUAAUUCAAGUUAUUAUCAAUUGCAGAGCAAUGGCAAGCAUAUGCCAGCAGCUGCUUAUCAAUCGUAUCAGCCGCAGCAACGACAUCAUUCACAUCAGCAGCAGCAGCAGCAACAACAUAGACAACACGUUCCACAGCAACACCUUCCACAACAACAGCAACAACAACAUGCGGAUCAUUUGAUGCGUUUAAAUAUCAAUGCACAGAUUGCAGCUCAACUGCGAGAUAAGAAAAUAAACGUGCUGUUAAUCGAGGGUUUUAUGAUCUUCAAUCAACCCGAAUUGCUGGCAUUAUGUAAUCUCAAAUAUCACUUUCAUUUGCCCUAUGAAAAAUGCUAUGAGCGUCGCAUUAAACGCAGCUACGAUCCUCCAGAUGUUACGGGCUAUUUUGAACUGUGUGUUUGGCCGUAUUAUGAGAAGAACUUUGCCGAGUAUCGGGAAUGCAAGGAUAUCACUUUUCUGAAUGGUGAAAUUGGCAAGGAAAAGAUCUUCAAGUUUGUCCUGCAACGAAUUGUGCAUUAUUUCGAGGAGCGUUGUGAUCUGCCCACUGCAUCCCCAAUCCCUGUUGCCUCCUGUCCGCCGCAGCAGAAGAGAUUCGGCAUGCUCUAUAUGGCGAAUGCCGCCAGCAACAAUAAUCAUAUGGCAACAGCUUGUCCCAUGGAGCAGUAAACAACCGGCAGUCACUGUACAUUCAUUCAGACAUAGUUAUAGUACUAUUAAGAAAAGUAUAUUGUUUAAACAUUAGUUAGUUUUAUUGCUAGUUAAGCUAGUCUAAUAAUGACAUAUUCUCUCGUCUAUAAAGACGAUAAUCUGGAUUGCAUAUAGGUUGAAAAUGUAAAUGGUUCAGGAAAACAUUUAGCUGUGCUAAAAGUGAAGAAAAACUUUUGAAAUUGCAUGAAUUGAAAAAAAAAGAAUUAUUAAAAAUUAGUUGAAACUCUGGUUUAAGACGGGAAACUUGUAAAUAUUGUAUGUAUUAACUAUAUACUGUUUUAAAUUAUAACUAAGACUAUGAAAUCUAAA